ACCGCCGUCUCCCAGCCGCGCGCCGGGGUAGACGUUACUCCAUCAUCGUCUUUCGGACUCUGUUCUGUUUAGAUAUAUGUAUGUCGUUUAGAAAGAAAGUGCUGCAGGACAACAUGGCGUGGGGGAAGGGCUUCUCCCUGUGAAUGUGCUUUGAGUUUCAGCUCGAGCUCGAAACGCUUGUUGUUCCCCCCGCAACCUUUCCAAGAUAAUAACCAAAAUAAAGUUAAGGAGUGAGAACAAAAAUCGAACCGUUCUGUGGAGGAGGAUGGGUUUCCCCCCUUUUUGUGGAGACAGACACAGGACGGGGGAGUGGAUGGAUGGGUCAAUGUGACUGUGAUCUGGGUCAUUACAGGAGAGAGGGCAACUCAGCUUUAGAUAUGACAGGGACCCAGGGCGGGAUGGAACAGCCAUCUCUCUGAGGCAGUAACCCACUAUAACAUAAAUUAAAAUGGAUGCCCACUGUCUCAGGAUGGCAGGAGACUAAAAUGCAGCCUUGACCCCGAAGAACCAGCGGGGUCUGUACAAGAUAACAAAGUGUGGAGCUGGAUGAACACAGCAGGCCAAGCAGCAUCUUAGGAGCACAAAAGCUGACGUUUCGGGCCUAGACCCUUCAUCAGAAACUGAAAAACAGAAACAAGAGGAGUCUGAUUCAACCUGACUUGGAGGAGACCUAAUUUAGAAUAACAAGAUUUUAGGGCGGGCGGGAUGCCUAAUACAGUCAGAUGUGUACUACAGAGUUGGAUGGGGUCUGUAAUAAUUGACCGAAAGGAGUGGAAUCUGGUCUGAUUCGAUCAGGAAGGAUAGGAAUAAGUGCCAAACUGAGUUCAAGCGAAGGUGAGAAAAGGGCCAGAUACAGCCUCAGCAGGGCAACAGGAAACAGGAAUUAGACAAAACCCUUUCACUGCCACGGAAAAGAGGCCAUCUGUCUCGGCUGGGAACGUGAGAGAAAGGGACUCAUUUAAGUUGUGGAGUGGUUUGCGUUCGUAGAGAAAGGAUUUGAAUUGAGUCCAGAAUUGUGUUAAAGGGGCAUUCAGCAUUAAUCUCUUAACUCCGGUGAAGAUUGUUUAGAAAAUGGAUAAUUUGCCAAGUAGUAAUUCGCGAUACAGGGAUCGUAAUUACUGGGACGAACGCUAUCGCCACGAGGAGACCUAUGAGUGGUUUGGUGCGUUUUCACGCUUUGAGCAUUUGCUGAAGGAGGAGAUUCGGAGUGAUGAAACCAUCCUGGUCCUGGGAUGUGGAAAUAGCUCAUUGAGUUAUGAAAUGUUCAUGAGCGGUUAUAGAUCGAUCACAAAUAUUGAUUUCUCAGCAAUCUGCAUUGAAAAAAUGGCUUCCAAAUAUGCCACCUGCUCAGGCAUGGAAUGGAAGAUUAUGGAUGCUAAGGCACUUGAGUUUGAAAAUGAAAGCUUCGAUGUAGUAUUGGAGAAGGGUACCCUGGAUGCAAUGAUGGUGGAUGAAAAGGAUCCUUGGAAUGUAUCAGAGGAAACUGCAGAAACUAUAGACCAAGUUUUGAAAGAGGUCAGCCGGGUUUUGAGGAAAGGAGGACGCUUUAUCUCCAUCACAUUUGCACAGCCUCAUUUUCGGAAGCAGCUUUAUGCCAGAAGGGAUUACAAGUGGUCCAUCAAACACCAAACCUAUGGAAGUGACUUCCAUUAUCAUUUCUACACCAUGACCAAAGGAGAAAACCUGUCUUCUGAUGAUCAGGAGCUAGAAAAUAAAUGUUCUCAGACAGCAGAGCCCCAAGCUACAGUUUAUCUCCAAAUCACAGAGGAUGAAGACUACCUCAAUGACAUUGAAUAUUAAUUUGCAAAUUAAUUCCAUGCAAGGGUGUAUACAAGGAAAAAUCUAAGCUGGUAGAAUUGAUGGGAAAUACUCAUUUGCUUACAGGCCAAAGGAAUUUUUUACAAACUAAGUUGACGAGCACUGACCUGACACAGCAUUAAGUUAUAGUGCUUGACAUGUGGGGAAGUUCAAAUAUCUCAGCAUCUGCUGGAAAUCAUGAGUUUGUAGAAUGCAGGCAAGAAUCUGCUUGAGUCUCUCUGUCUCCCUCUCUCCAUUCCUACUGUAUUAUCAAGACAUCACUUCCUGAGUUUUAAAAUAUUCUGGGGAGUGGGUCAAUGUCAUCAGGCCCCCAGAUAUCAGAGUGAGGUGAGCAGGUUGGCAGUGCACCGGUGGUUGGGGUGAAUGUGUGAACUCCUCGGUCUACACUGCCUCUCAGCCAUUUACUUCAGUCGCACAGCAAUAUCCACUCCACUGCCAGCUCCUUCUCUUUGUUUAUAUUUUUGCUGCCUUGUUUAUCUUCCUUCACUUGUCCCUAACAGCCAACUCAACAUCCUAUUUUCUGAAUUAGUGAUUUUUUUUCUCACCCAAUUCACUUUAUUGAAAAAAAACCUUUAAAUCUGCUCCAACAAAAUAACAGUUAAAGUUGGCAAUUGUUGGGGGGAAUUGUUACUGAGGGGUGCAGCUGUUUGCUUGGUUCUAGCAUUCUCUGGGUAACCUUACUACUUAAUAGGGGUGAGAGAUUUCGCACUUUGAGAUCCAGUAUUUAUUCCAGCAUCUUGAUUAAAGUGUUAUCCACCACUUUAAACUUUCACCCCCUCCACUACUGGCUCACAAUCAUUACAGUGUACACUGUCUAUAAGAUCAUUGUGGCAACUUACCAAGUCUACUUAGACAGCAGCUUCCAGACGCAUGAUCUCUAACACCAAAAGGGCAAGGCUGCAGACCUAUGCACCUCUAAUUCUGUUCUUUCCGACAAGGGAAAAAUCUCUUUCUCUACAUAUUAUCAGGGGCUGGUUGACUCAGCUGUCUGAUGGCUGAUGUGGAUCAGAUUGAUGCCAAAAGUUCAGGAUUUAAUCCCCAUUCAAGCUGGGUUCAGGACAUGCUUCCUUGCCCAACCAAGAAUGGAGUUCAAAUAGUAUCAGAGAUAAUGGGAACUGCAGAUGCUGGAGAUUCCAAGAUAAUAAAAUGUGAGGCUGGAUGAACACAGCAGGCCAAGCAGCAUCUCAGGAGCACAAAAGCUGACGUUUCAGGCCUAGACCCUUCAUCAGAGAUUUCAUUGUGUUGUUGAUCAAACCUGCCUUCAGGCAACAAAAUUUAAGAAUACCUAAUCAGAAAGAUGCCUUCAAGAGAAAGGAAACCCAGCCUUUUUAUCGGGUCCUAAUUUUUAUUAUCUUGCUGUUUUGCUAUCAUCUUUGCAAAUGUUUUCAGUACUUUCUCCAGUGUCACAAUGUACUUUUUCUAAAUAUGGUGAUUAGAAUUGUAAACAGUAUUCUAAGUGUUGUCUAACCAGGAUGUUGUCUUAGUGAAGUAUGACUUCUCCACAUCUCAAAUCUAUCCCUCUAGAAAUCAACUCUAGUGCUUGAAUUGCUCUUUUUUAAUGACCUCAUUAGCCUGAAUUGGUACCAUUAGUGAUUAAUUGAUUUGUAUUCACAAAUCCUUUUGCUUCUGUACACUGCUCAUAUUUUUAUUUUAAAUUAAUAGGUGACUUCUUUCUUUUUCCUUACCAAAAUGUAAUGCCUCACACUUAUCAAUGUUAAAAUUAAUUUGCCAAUAAAUAAACUUGGAGAAAGGGCAUACAACAUUUUCUUCUGAUUUAUUGCAGUUCUUCUCGGUACUGACUACUCCUUCACUCCCCACAAAUAUGACAUCAUUGGCAAGUUUGCCACAAAUUUAAUUUCAAAAUUAAAAUCAUAACCAUGUUAUAAACAGCAGUAAUCCAAAAUUCAUUUAUGGAUCAUCAGCUCCCACUUCCUUCCCUUCUGAAUAGCUGCCCUUUAGCCCUAUCCUUUGCAUUUCCAUUUGCUGCCGUCCAUUCUGUUAACUGUACUCCGACUAUACAUGAUCUGACAUUAUUCAUUUGUCCAAGGCACCACUUUAUCAGAGGUGUUUUAGAAAUCUGUCACAUUUUAGCUACUGGAUUAGCACUAUCGACUCUCACUGGUACUAUUCAAAUAAUUUCACUUGAGUUUGGUCAGGCAGGUUUUUCUCCUUUCAAAUUCAUGCUGAUAAUUGAUUACUUUAGUUUUGGUUUCUAGGUAUGCUUCUAUUUCCUCUUUUAGUAGAUAUCAUGUUAGAUUUCCUGAUGUUAAGUUGACCAGGCUUUGGUUCUUUGGACUCAUUCUAAUUUAUAGAUAUGACUGAGUCUUCUGGCACAAUAUCUUUCUCUAACAUUCAAAUUUAAAUCCUUUGUUACCUGUUUGCCCUUUCUGUUGGGAUAUUAGUCCGAUUUUGGUUCAGGUGGAGUUCAUCCUUUCAACAAACUUCCUUCUUGCCUCUGUGUUGGUAUCUGUGUAUUCCAUAGUGGUCAAAAUAUGUAUCUCAGCCUUUGUUUAGCAGCUCCCAGUCCCCUCUUUCUGUGAAGCAUGGCGUAACCCUCAUACUCGACUAUCUCUUUGUAUUUGAUUUCUAUUCUGCCCACUGCCUAUGUGCAGAGGAGCAUCAAGUGUAA